AUGUCUACAAUUGAAAUAGAGUUACUCAAUCUCUCAAAAAGUGAUCUAGUUUCCAUAAUAAUAAACAAAAAAGUGUCUGAUAAUCUCAAAAUUAGUAAUGAACUUGCAGAUUUUCUAGCAAAUAAAAGUGCAUCUAUUGAAAUGACUACACAAACUCCUAGUGAAGACAUUCGUUUCCUUCUCCUAAACUGUGAAUUGACUGUGGCUAAAUGUGAAAUUAAAGCUAACAAACGAGUGAUGAUAGAAAUGGAAAAAUCAUCUAAACAUCAAGAUCAUAUCGCAAAAUUACUACAAGGUAAUAUACAAACUUUAAAAGAAGAAGCAUUAAAAGCUCGUAAUGAAGCUGCAUCACGAAAGCACGGCCAGAAUAGCACAACAAACAACAUAACAAAUGCAAUGCAGUAUAACAACAUCAGCAGUGGGGCUAGUGAAGAUGUCAGGAAAGUAGCUUUAUUGGGAGACGGUACCGAUAGUUCUGGUGCUAGUAAUGCUCAACCAGAAGCUGCAGCGGCUAAGCCAAAGAAACUUGGAUUUCUCUCGAAACUAACUUCAAAAUUGCCCCUAGGAAAACUACCAGGAGGGUUACCAGGCGGUCUUCCUGCUGGAGGUCUCCCUGCUGGUCUUCCCGCCGGAGGUCUCCCUGCCGGAGGUCUUCCUGCUGGAGGCCUUCCCGCUGGAGGCUUGCCUGCAGGAGGAUUGCCCGCUGGAGGCUUACCUGCUGGAUUGCCUGCUGAAAACUUACCUUCCGCAAGUUUACCUACUCCUCCAGCUGCUGUUCCAAAGAUUUUGGAAUUCUUUAAGCAAGCUGCUCUUUUCACAGCUAAUAAAGUUAAUUCAAGUUAA